UUUGUCAACUCAUGAUGCAUCCCCCUCUCCAUUCCAUCCCAAACAAUAUCUCUCUCAUGCUUCAUAAUCAAACAAGACAUGGCCCACUCUCAGGCCUAUGAUCUAAUCGAAAAACCGCCCGUCGGGACACCGAUCUCUAAAGACACCGGUCCACCACCGGUCCUCGCAAACGCCCUCAUCGUCCUAUCCGAACCGUUCCAAUGGCUCAAAAUGCUCUCCAAGGAGCUAAACCCAAGUUUCGUUUUCGGGGUGUUUUUAGUUUAUGGCCUAAGUCAAGGGUUUUCGGGUUCGCUAUUUCGGGUCGUUUCGGACUACUAUUGGAAGGAUGUGCAACGCUUGCAACCGUCUGUCGUACAAUUAUACAGCGGGUUUUACUACAUCCCUUGGAUAAUGAAACCUAUCUGGGGGCUAUUGACGGACGUCUUUCCGAUCUACGGUUAUAGACGUCGACCUUACUUCAUACUCGCAGGUGUUUUGGGAGUUAUAUCGGCGUUGAUCGUUUCGAUCCAUGCUAGAUUGCCAGUGAUCUUUGCAUUGGUUUGCCUUGUUGGGCUCACGGCAGGAGUCGCCAUUUCUGAUGUGACCAUCGAUGCAUGCAUUGCUAGAAAUAGCAUCGAGAAGGCGUUUCUGGCACCGGAUAUGCAGAGCCUUAGUGGGUUUUGCUCGUCGGUCGGCGCUCUCCUUGGGUACGCUUCGAGUGGCAUGUUUGUUCAUGUUCUAGGAGCACAGGGAGCUUUGGGGAUUUUGGCUGUCCCACCAGCACUGCUUGUAGUGCUAGGAUUUGUCUUCUACGAAUUGAAAACGAACCAAGGCGUGGAAAAGAAAAAGGCGUUCGAGAAGGUGAGUGGAGCCACAAGGAGCAUGUACACAGCCAUCAAGUGCCCCCAAGUGUGGAAGCCUUCUCUCUACAUGUAUCUCUCCCUAGCCCUCAGCAUUAGUACUCAUGAGGGACAGUUCUACUGGUACACUGACCCUACAGCCGGCCCAGCAUUCUCUCAGGAAUUUGUUGGGAUGAUCUACGCCAUUGGUGCAAUGGCCUCCAUUGCAGGUGUCCUCAUAUAUCACAAAAUCCUAAAGGACUACCAAUUCAGGAACUUACUCUUCUUCGCCCAGCUCUUGUACAGCCUAUCUGGGACACUCGAUCUCAUCUUCGUCCUUCGCUGGAACUUGAAACUGGGAAUUCCUGACUCUCUCUUCGUCGUCAUGGAGGAGAGCUCCUCACGUAUCAUAAGCAAGAUUAGAUGGAUGCCCAUGAUGGUCCUUAGCACGAAGCUGUGCCCAUUGGGCAUUGAAGGGACGUUCUUCGCACUUCUCAUGUGUAUUGAUAGUCUUGGUGGUCUAUCUUCCAAGUUGGGUGGGGGGGUUGUUCUUCAUUUGUUACAUGUUACACGGACUGACUUCACUAACCUAUGGUUAGUGGUCCUUAUAAGGAAUUUACUAAGAAUUUCAACUUUAGGUUUGAUUUUUCUCGUGCCUAGAGCAGAUCAAUCAGAUAUUUUGCUUCCGGCAGAUUUAAUGACAGAGAAUCCGGCAGCGACGGGUGUAGAUGAGGAAAACAUGCAGCUAGUGGCAAUGAAUCAUAAGACAGCAGUGUAAGCGAAUAUGUGAACUGUUAACCCAAAUGUUUCAAAUGAUUUUA